GAAAAAAAAAACGUCAGACGCAAAACCAAAGCGCGUUCACUUGGCACCACCAACCGACAAGGCUACGAUUUGCACUCGAAACACGACGGCACUGCCAACGCCAUAACCUCCACGACGAACGGACAGCAGCGACGCCGCGACCGACAGCCCCCCCCCAGGGACCGGACAGACACGCAACCAUGAACAACUUUGGCGUGGUGGAGGUGGCGAGCGCGCGGACGACGACGGCGCCGGGAUGGGCGUACGUGCCCGACACGGGCAUCAACCCGGCCGUGGCGGCGCUGCAGCCCGCCGGGCGCAAGCGGGCGGCCCGGUCCGGCGGGCCCCGCUCCAAGCUCAGCCUGUCGGACCUGUCAGCGCGCCAGGAGGCCGCCGUCCGCAAGGAGCUCGAGCUGCUCGACCGGGACAACUUCAAGGACGUCGCCAUCCCCGUCCCGGCCAGGUCGGGAGGGCCGAAAGCCCUGAGCAAAUCCACCCCCACCGUCCGCAAAAUCCUCUUGUCGCAAAAGACCUUUGCGAACCACCUCAGCGACUUCGAGGCCCUAGGCAGCAGCGGCGCCGACCCGCUCUCGGGCUCGGCCACGCCCCGUCCCUCCCAACCUCAAACUCCAGCCCCCGCGACGCCAGCGGCAGCAGCAGCAACACCCACCACCGCCGGCGGUGGCGCGAGCAGCAGCAGCCGGCGCGGCGGCGCAAGCCGGAGACAGCAGCAAAGACCAAGCGAAGACGUCGAGAUGACAGACGCGCCCCCGUCGCCCAGCACGCCCGCACCUGCACCUGCACCCGCACCCGCACCGCCGCAACUCCAAGACGCCGCCGCCAGCGACACCGCCUCGGCCCGCCACAAGAGCGCCAUCCUGCCCGCCUACACGGGCCGCACGCCCGCGCCGCACCCGGCCGACGCCGACCCGCUGCUCGCCAGCCGCGUGCCGGCCCUGCCGACCGACGACGAGCUGCGCGCCCUGCUGCUGGCCCCGCCCGCCCCCUACCCGGAGCUGAUGGCGCGCGUGCGCCGCGACCUGGACGAGGAGUACGACGACUACGACGAAGGGGCAGGAGGAGGAGACCGGCCACCCCCCAGGCCGUUCCCGCCCGCCCGUGUCUUCUGUGCCGUCUGCGGCUACUGGGGCAGGGUCAAGUGCAUCAAGUGCGGCGCCCGCGUGUGCGCCCUCGACUGCCUAGACGUGCACCGCGAGGAGUGCGUCACCCGGUACGGGCUAUGAGAGAGGGGUGGAUGGUGGUGUCGCAUCAAAUUUAGUGAUUUCUUUUUCCUUUUUUUCACUCAUAAGCGAAGCCUUCUUUUUGCCCUUUUCUGUGCACCACCUUCGGCUUGUCAUCUCCAUCCUGGCAGGCAAUCACACGACGCUAAAUGCACUGUGCAACCACCGACCGCCCGCGGCUUACACGAGACAUGAACACCAUACUUAUAUCCACGGUGCCACACAAACGGUCAGCGUCCAAACAUACCCCUCCAAUUUCGGGCUGAUUUUGAAGAAUCUAGAAUUGUAUAUACACGGCUACUUUGGCCCUUGGUUGUCUCGAAGAACUAUAUACACUGCUUAUAACAGAAGGUAUGGUGUUGUACAAAAGGUUCACACACUUUGGUGCUUCUUUGGAAAUCCUUGCUGGAUCCUCGUCCGUCCAUCUGCUCCAAAAUCCAUCCCACGUCGCAAAUGACAAGCCCCUCAAGCCCCCGUCCAAAACUCUUGAAAAAAGGUUGGCGGUUUCUCCUCCCAAGAAAGACGGGUUAAAAACAGAAACGAAAAACUUUGAAUGAUUGCCCCAUAUGCCAUCUAGCCCCUUGCCCCCCCAAAAAAAGCCAACGCCAUGUCAUGAUAAAUUGCCAACCAAGAAGGAGAAAAGAUGAGAAAUACACAACCCUCACACCCACACAUGCCAAAGAUAGAAUGUUGCGCGAAACAUCCCC